AAUUAAGUUAAAAGGAACAUCUUAACUUCUCUCAACCUCCAAUCAUCACUUUCCAUCACUAUUAUCACCACCAAAAGACUGCAAAUCUCUCACUUCUUUAGCCAUGCCACAGAACUGCAUAGCACCAAAACCUGAAUACUGCAAUAGCCACUCUGUGGAAGGACCACCAGAGAUGACCGAGCCCCAUAACUCAAGUGUCCUUGCCUACCCCAUACGAACCAAUGAACAAUCUUUCCCAAAACUCACUAUGCACCCCAUAACUUUGAAGUUUGAGGAAUUGGUGUACAAAGUUAAACUAGAGGAGAAAGGAAUGUGUUGGGGCAGUACAUGGACUUGCAAAGAGAAGACCAUAUUGAAUGGAAUCACAGGUGUUGUAUGCCCAGGAGAAAUUCUUGCUAUGCUGGGACCAUCAGGUAGUGGCAAAACCACACUUCUCACAGCUCUUGGAGGCCGUCUCAGUGGUAAACUAUCUGGAAAGAUCACAUACAACUCUCAGCCUUUCUCAGGUGCCAUAAAAAGAAGAACAGGUUUUGUGGCUCAGGAUGAUGUGCUAUACCCUCAUCUGACAGUCACAGAAACACUAGUGUUCACUGCACUUUUAAGGCUUCCCAACAGCUUGACCCGAGAUGAAAAAGUUCAGCAUGUAGAGAGAGUUAUCACUGAGCUAGGACUAACUCGUUGCAGGAGCAGCAUGAUAGGAGGACCACUUUUCAGAGGAAUAUCAGGUGGGGAGAAAAAGAGGGUGAGCAUAGGUCAAGAAAUGCUCAUCAAUCCAAGCCUUUUGUUGCUAGAUGAGCCCACUUCAGGUUUGGAUUCCACCACUGCUCAAAGGAUCCUAAAAACAAUCAAACGCUUGGCUAGUGGUGGUAGAACUGUUGUCACCACCAUUCAUCAACCCUCAAGUCGCCUCUACUAUAUGUUUGAUAAGGUGGUGUUGCUCUCUGAAGGGUGCCCCAUAUAUUAUGGUCCUGCUUCAACUGCCUUAGAGUACUUCUCAUCUGUUGGUUUUUCAACAUGUGUUACUGUCAAUCCAGCUGAUCUCUUGCUUGAUCUUGCCAACGGGAUUGCCCCGGACUCCAAGCAUUCAACUGAACAAAGUGAGGGGCUGGAACAAGAGAGGAAGCUGGUGAGAGAAUCUCUAAUAUCUGCUUAUGACAAGAACAUAGCUACAAGGCUGAAAGCUGAGGUUUGCAGCUUGGAAGUGAACAACUACAACAUCACAAAAGAUGCUUGCUCAAGAAUUCCCAUAAAAUCAGAGCAAUGGAGCACAAGCUGGUGGCAUCAGUUCAAGGUACUAUUACAGAGGGGAGUGAGGGAGCGAAGGCAUGAAGCCUUCAACAGGCUGAGAAUAUUCCAAGUCAUAAGUGUGGCGUUUCUUGGUGGACUCUUGUGGUGGCAUACACCAGAGUCACAUAUUGAAGACCGGGUUGCCUUGCUCUUUUUCUUUUCUGUUUUCUGGGGAUUCUACCCUCUCUACAAUGCAGUUUUCACAUUUCCUCAAGAGAGGAGAAUGCUGAUCAAGGAACGUUCAUCAGGAAUGUACCGGCUUUCUUCCUAUUUCCUUGCUAGAACAAUAGGAGACUUGCCACUGGAGCUUGCACUUCCAACUGCAUUUGUCUUCAUAAUCUAUUGGAUGGGAGGGCUUAAACCUGAUCCUUUGACUUUUAUCCUUUCACUUCUUGUGGUUCUUUACAGUGUUCUUGUAUCUCAAAGUCUUGGCUUAGCAUUUGGUGCUAUUUUGAUGGAGAUUAAACAGGCCACUACUCUAGCUUCUGUCACAACCCUUGUAUUUCUCAUUGCUGGAGGGUACUAUAUACAACAGAUUCCUCCCUUCAUAGCAUGGCUCAAGUACUUGAGCUAUAGCUACUACUGUUACAAGCUACUUCUCGGUGUUCAGUACAAUGAUAAUGAUUAUUAUGAAUGCUCAAACGGGGUGUUGUGCAAGGUUGCAGAUUUUCCUCCAAUCAAAUCAAUGGGUUUGAAUUAUAUGUGGGUUGAUGUGUCCAUUAUGGCCUUGAUGUUGGUGGGUUAUCGACUAGUUGCUUAUUUAGCACUGCAUAGAGUUAGGUAGAUCUAAAUUCUGGCGGAGCUCCCAUACACAUAGCACGAGAAUUUGAAGAGUUUUUGUGCUAAUUCAACUGAGGAAUAAUACUAGAAUAUUAGCCUUUUGAUGGAACUUAUGUAAUGAGAUUUUUAUCAACAACUCUCUCCCUUGACCAAGUUGGAUGUACAAGACUUUUCUUAUUUUUU